ACACACACACACACACACACACACACACAUACACAGCAUCAUGUGUUAUGUAAUUUCUAUGUUUAUGUAUUUUCUGUAGCUGACAAGGGAUGGUUGGAAGGUCCUGUUUCUGUCGGUCCGAUGAACAUUCACAGCUAUGUGUCACAUGAAAUGAAUGCAACAACAGUGAAAGCACUGCCGCAACGUGAAAUCUGCAGUAUUUUCAGUCAAGAGGAAGAACAUAUGGAGGAUCAUAUUGAUCACUAUAUAUUACAGGCGUUAGAUGGUUUUAUUCUUGUUCUUUCGUCUGCUGGUAAUGUGUUGUAUGUGUCUGAGACAGUAAGUGGAUACCUUGGCCUUUCGCAGGUUGACCUUCUUGGUCGUUCUCUGUUUGAGUACGUUCAUGUACAAGAUCACCAGGAGCUGAAGGAAGCUUUGAAGCCACCCAGAGAGCCAUGCCAUGGUGACAACAGCAAGAAGAGUUUGUCUGGGAUUGGAGACAUGCCAACAAAGAUUGGACCAGGAAACAAAUUUUGCUCCGGACGACACGUUGGCUGCAGCAAUGAGCGAAACUUCUUUCUUCGAAUCAAAAAUAUUUUGAACAAGAAAGGUGGUGAGAGAAAUGGAAUCAACUGUCCGGGGUAUAAGGUAAUCCAUUUGGCUGGACGGACGAGAUUUGCUGUCGGAGAGGAAGAGAAUCCGAAUUUUCUUGGUUUGUUGACGGUUUGUAAGCCAUUAGAUCCACCUCCAAUGGUGGAGGUUAGUCUGUCGUCGCAUCUAUUCAUGUCACGUCAUAGUCUGGAUUUGAAGUUCAUUUUCUGUGAUCAGAGGAUUUCACAACUCACCGGUUAUCAUCCAUCAGACAUGCUCGGUCGUGUUAUGUACCAUUUCCAUCAUCCCAACGACAUGUCCACAAUUGCUGGAUGCCACACAAAUUUAAUUGCAAAGGGCCAAUCUGUGAGCAAGUCUUAUCGUUUCUUGAUGAAGUCUGGCGAGUGGAUUUGGCUGCAAACGAGUGCUGUCAUUGCGUACAACACACGAUCACAGAAAGCACAGUUCAUUACGUGCUACAACUAUGUGAUAAGUGAGGAAGAGGGGAAAGAGUAUUUACGGGAGUGCGGAGAAUUGACCGACGAUUGGAAGAAAAUGCGUCCGGUAGUUGAGCUUAAUUUUGGACAGCAACAACAGCAAUCUGGAAAACCACGCAAAGGGAAGCUACUGAAGUCUAGCACAUCGUCUAAUUCUGUGAACAGUGAAGUGGCUUUGCAGGCAAAGACAAUGAAUGACGUGCCAGGAGAUCCUGCACAGCGUGAUGGACAGACAGCAUCUACCACAUCUAUUGUUCUCACUCCUACUAUACUACAUCCAUCUCUUGAACUCAAAACGCUCACUCCAAGUCCCAUCAAUCCGUCUCAGCCAUAUGAACUGGAAAUCUUUGACACAAACAAGAAAGGUCUAGGAGAAGCCAUAGCUCAGACCUACAUCAAGAAUGUGAUUGAACGAAAAUCGAGCGACGAAAACAAGCCACUCCUGAUGACUGAUAUUCCAGCGAAUAUGGUGUGUGAUGGAUCGUCGGUGAAUGGAGUUGUUGUGUCACAGAAAACGAAAAGAAGGCGAAUAAUCGAUGUGAAAGGCAAGCCUGACACUAAAUCGACACACAGUCUACCAUUUUCUGUGCCUAGUACCGAACAUAGGAUUCCUAAUACACUGGACAGCGAAAUUCCGAGCGAGCUGACUGAGUUGCUAUCCAACUUUCAGUCAUCUCCCGAACAGGAUGCCGAGGAGAUAAAACCAUCUGAUAGCAACGGUGUCAUACCAGAUAUCACGUCCACCUACCACCAUGAGGCAACUUUCUUUCAACAAAUGUGUCAGCUUCCGUCCAAUGGCCAAUCGAUGUUCAACUCCAACUUUCCUCCUAUGACAUCACAUCCGGUUAUGACAUCACAUCCGGUUAUGACAUCACAUCCGGUUAUGACAUCACAUCCGGUUAUAUCGUCUCAUCCAGUAAUGAUGUCACGUCCUGUUAUGAUGUCACGUCAAGGGAAGAUGUCACAUCCGGGUACAACGUCACAUCCGGGUAUGACGCCACAUCCGGGUAUGACGGUGCAUCCGGGUAUGACGCCGCGUCCGAUGUUUCAACCGCAACUCCCGCCGUUGCUUCCAGCUUGUUCGACUUCCGGUACUAACGGAGUGUAUGAUAGCGCACAGACGUGGCUACCAAACCGUCCGGUCAUCAUUCCUCCCGGUGGAUACGGGUCGACGGGAUAUCCUCCAUUCCUGAGCAACGACCGCGGUAGUAGUCGACGCUCGGGUGUUUGCUCCGUCCACCAGCCUUUCUGUCAACUUCCGUGUACGGGAACUUUGGGUGCAUCCGGGGGAUCGUCGUCCAUGAAGGUCGGAAUGCGACAGUCGCCCGCGGAGUCCUGCUCGCCGCACGUCGCAGGAGACUGAAGAUCUCGUCCUUACCGAAAGGUAACUUGUACAUAAGGCGAUGGGACAAAAAGCUGUUGCUAUUUAUAUGAUCAAAGAGCGGCACGCGAUUAGUAAGGAAUUGAGCUAGCGCGCGCUUGUUUUCGUGACGUCAUCAGGUGGUGAAGUUAAGGAUUGUUUUACCUACUCUCUGUUGCAAUAGUUGUUUUAGUGCUGCUGCGAGGUAGUGCGCGCAUAUAGCGCAAGUGUGGCUUGAUUCGUCGGUUUAUUGAGUAGGAACCGUCUCUACUAGAGAGCCGUUUGCAGUAGGAGAACAUCUGACUAUAUUUCAAAUAUUACAAUACCUCUUCAGUCAUAA